AUGCUUCCUCAACACGUUCUCUUCGCGCUCGUCGCCACUGUCGCUGCCGUCCCCCUUAACAUCAACUUGGGUGCCUACUCGCCUGCCCUGGUAGUCGGUGAUGGAGAGAUCUCGCUGGGAUCAACAGAAUCAGCUUCAGAGUUGAUGUCUACGCUCGCUUCGGGAGCCGCAGCCAACGCCGGUGGGGAGGGCGCCGCACAAGCAGCUAAACGAUCCAACCUUCGCCGCGCCGUCAACGACAUCAUCAGCAAGCGUGCCCCCGUCGAGCCCAAGAUGGCAGCCGUCGAGGAGGCCAUGCAAUGGAUCAAGCGCGACCUCGCUGGCUUCAACGCUGCUCUCGGCUACGCCAAGGAGGCCCAGAAGGACAUGCCCAAGGUCGAGAUGGGCACUGAGAACGCCGGUGUCGGUCUUCUCGUCAACCCCGGUGUCAACGUUCCCAAGGACUCUGCUGCCGCUGGCGCCCCUGCUGAGAAGCGCAAGCGCGAUGAGGUCGUCGAGGAGGAGGACGCACCCAAGAUGACCCUAGUCGCCAUCACCGAAGUUUGA